CAGAGAUGGCAAGCAGCCUAGGAACCUUCUGGAAUCAGAGACAGCAUCGGGAGUUCUUCAGAGCUGUUCAUGUCCUCUGGUUCACGGCCCUGAUCUCAGAGCUGACCCAUCCCCCAGGGGCGUCGGCCUGGACCUACCACUACAGCAACGACACCUACUCGUGGACCCGGGCCCGCGCCUUCUGCCGCAGGAACUACACGGACCUGGUGGCCAUCCAGAACCGGCAGGAGAUCCAGUACCUCAACGACGUCAUCCCGCACUUCAGCCACUACUACUGGAUCGGGGUCCGCAGGGCCAACGACACCUGGGUGUGGGUGGGCACCGGGAAGGCGCUGACGAAGGAGGCGGAGAACUGGGCCGACAACGAGCCCAACAACAAGAAGAACAACCAGGACUGCGUGGAGAUGUACAUCAAGCGGCCCACGGCGCCGGGCACCUGGAACGAUGAGCCCUGCUGGAAGAAGAAGCGCCCGCUGUGCUACACAGCCUCCUGCAGGGAUCUGUCAUGCAACAGACAAGGCGAGUGCGUGGAGACCAUCGGGAACUACAGCUGCGCCUGCUACCCCGGGUUCUACGGGCCAGAAUGCGAAUUUGUGAACGAGUGUGGUGAACUACAGCUUCCCGAUCACGCGCUAGUAAACUGCAGCCACCCGCUGGCAGCCUUCUCUUUCAACUCCAAGUGCAGUUUCCACUGUGCUCCAGGGUACGAGCUCAGGGGGCCCAGCAAGCUGGAGUGUUUGGCCUCUGGACAGUGGACGAGCAAACCGCCAGAGUGUGUAGCCCUGCGCUGCCAGGACCUGACGGCCCCCGCCAAGGCACAGAUGAACUGCUCGCACCCCGACGGCGAUCUCCUGUUCGGGUCCAGCUGCAGCUUCUCCUGUCCCGAGGGUUUCGUCCUGGCGGGCGCGCCCCUGCUGCGCUGUUUAGCCACGGGGAGCUGGAGCGCCCCUCUCCCGACGUGCCAAGCCAUCACAUGCCCGGAGCUUCCUGCCCCCGAGGAGGGCAGCCUUCGCUGUGCUGGCCCCCCUGGGGAGGCCACUGUGGGCACCACCUGCCACUUCUCCUGCCGCAAGGGCUUCCAGCUGGAGGGGUUCGACCACGUGGACUGCACCGCGGCCGGGAGCUGGACGGCCCCACCGCCCACCUGCACAGGUAACCCGGGGGCACCUACCCCGGGGGCGCGCUGCCCGGUCCCCCGCAUCCCCGCCCAGGGCACCAUCUCCUGCAGACACCACUUGGGAAGGUUUGGGGUCAACACCACGUGCUACUUCGCCUGCCAGGCUGGGUUCCGGCUGACCGGGCAGGACGAGCUGAGCUGCAGGGAGCCGGGACGGUGGACAGCGGCGAUGCCCAGCUGCAGAGCUGUAAAGUGCUCCGAGCUGCAGGUGGCCGGGCCCCUAGUGGCCAACUGUUCCCACCCCUGGGGCAAUGCCAGCUACGGCUCCGCCUGCUCCUUCCGCUGUCCCGAGGCACAGUUCCUGAACGGCUCGGCGAGAACGGUGUGCCAGGCUGAUGGCCAGUGGUCCGCCCCAGUGCCCCUCUGCCAAGUGGAACCACUCACCACCCAGCAAGUUCUGGCUUAUGUGGGGGCGGCAGUGGCCCCCACGGCCGGUCUGCUGACGGGGGGCAUGGUCCUGGCUCUGCUCCGAAGACGCAGAAGACAAAAAGAUGAUGGAAAAAGGCCCCUGAACCCUCAUAGCUUGGAUUCUUUUGCCACUUCCUUUAAGAAGAUCGUCUUCAGAGAAUAUGAACCAUAUUUUAAGAAAGAGAAACCGCGAUCUAAGACUUCAGGGCUCCUGGGACCUACGCUGUUCGCAGAGGUUGGGGACAUGGUGAAAGUCCACUUCAAAAACAAAGCCAACACGCCCGUCAGCGUUCAUGCUCAAGGGAUUCAAUACAGCAAAUCCUCAGAAGGGGCGUCCUACCAGGAUCACACGUCCCUGGCAGAGAAGCUGGACGACGCCGUGGCUCCCGGCCAGGAAUACACCUACGAGUGGACGAUCCGUGAGGACAGCGGGCCCACGGCGGACGACCCCCCGUGCCUCACGCACAUGUACUACUCCCACGUCAACCUGGUCCAGGACUUCAACUCGGGGCUCAUCGGACCGCUGCUGAUUUGUAAGAAAGGAGCCCUCGCCGAGGACGGGACCCUGAAGAUGUUUGACAACCAACACGUGCUGAUGUUCGCCGUGUUUGAUGAGAGCAAAAGCUGGACACCUUCGCCCGCCCUGAUGUACACGGUCAAUGGCUACGUGAACGGUACCAUGCCAGAUAUAACAGCGUGUGCCUACGACCACCUCAGCUGGCAUCUGAUCGGGAUGAGCUCCGAGCCCGAGCUGUUCUCCAUCCAUUUCAACGGCCAGGUCCUGGAACAGAACCGACACCGGAUCUCGGCCGUCACCCUGGUCAGUGCCACGUCCUUGACCGCGAACAUGACCACGAGCCUGGAAGGAAGAUGGAAUAUCGUGUCUCUCAUCCCCAAACAUUUCCAAGCUGGCAUGCAGGCGCAUAUCGCCGUCAAGAACUGCCCCAAGAAGACCAGGAAGUCGAAAACGCUCACUCGGGAGCAAAGGCGACACAUCAAGCGGUGGGAAUACUUCAUAGCGGCAGAAGAAGUUAUUUGGGACUAUGCUCCCAUCAUUCCCACCAGUAUGGACAAAAAAUAUAGAUCUCUUCACUUGGAUAAUUUCUCAAACCAAAUUGGAAAACAAUAUAAGAAAGUCGUCUACAGACAAUAUGAAGAUGCAUCCUUCACCAAACGCCUGGAAAACCCCAAUGCCCAAGAAGAUGGAAUCUUGGGGCCUGUUAUCAGAGCCCAGGUCCGAGAUACGCUCAAAAUCGUGUUCAAAAACAUGGCCAGCCGACCCUACAAUAUUUACCCUCACGGAGUGACCUUCUCGCCUUAUGAAGAUGAGGUCAACGCCUCUUCUACGUCAGGUCAGAACACCGUCACGAGACCCGUUCAGCCAGGAGAAACGUUUACCUACAAGUGGAACAUCCUCGAGAGUGAUGAACCCACGGAAAACGAUGCCCAGUGCCUGACCAGGCCGUACCACAGUAACGUGGACUUCACUCGGGACAUUGCCUCUGGCCUCAUCGGGAUUCUGCUCAUUUGUAAAAGCAGGUCGCUGGACAAACGCGGUGUCCAGAGGACAGCUGACAUUGAACAACUGGCUGUAUUUGCCGUGUUCGAUGAAAAUAAGAGUUGGUACAUUGAGGACAACAUCAACAAGUUCUGUGAAAAUCCAGAUGAGGUGAAUCGUGCCAAUCCCAAGUUUUAUGAGUCCAACAUCAUGAGCACAAUCAACGGCUACGUGCCCGAGAGCAUACCCACCCUAGGAUUCUGUUUUGAUGACACUGUCCAGUGGCAUUUCUGCAGUGUGGGAACCCAGGACGACGUUCUAACCAUUCACUUCACCGGACACUCCUUCAUCUAUGGGAAGAGACACGAGGACACCCUCACCCUCUUCCCCAUGAAGGGGGAGUCAGUGACUGUCACCAUGGAUAAUGUGGGAACGUGGAUGUUAACGACCAUGAAUUCCCAUCGAAGAGCCAAGAACCUAAGGCUGCGCUUCAGAGAUGUGAAGUGUGUCCACGAUGAUGACGAAGACUCGUACGAGAUCAUCUACGAACUGGCUCCGACCCCCACGGCCAUGUCCACACGGAAAAUGCGUGACUUUCCGGAAAACCCCGAGGAAAACGAUGACGAUUACCAGGACCUCCUGGCUUCAGAACUGGGAAUCAGGUCAUUCCGAAAUGUGUCGCUCCAGCCAGAGGAAGAGGAAUUCAACCUGACCGCCCUCGCUCUGGAAGACUAUCCUGACUCCAUUUCUCUCUGGACCCAGACGAGCGAUGCUUCCAAUGCGUCUUCUCUGAGUGACAGCAGCAAGUUCAUGACCAAUCACUUGACAGAACCUCAGGAGAGCCCAGCUUUCCCAGAAGGCAUUGCGGCUGAUCCUCGGGCUGAAGGCGUUAGCUUAGACAAGACCCACCCGUCUGCCAAGGAGCAGUCCAGCCCUUAUUCUGAAGACCCCAUAGAGGACCCUUCACAGUCUGAGGUCACUGACAUACGCUUGCUCCCCCAUCCAGAAGGUUCGAGAGGAUUUAGACGCCCAGGGCACAUGACGCCCCAAAGCUUCAAGACAGGAAGGAAACGGGGAACUUCGAGGCGCGGGUCUGCCCAGAUGGGUGUAGCAGGACAUCACAAUGGAAGACAGUCAAGCCAAGACGGCUCUUCUCCCGUGCAGCCCCAGAAGGAGGUUCACAGCAAGCCGUUAGUCUUCAAACUGAAGAACCCAUCGGAGAUUUUGAACAAAACAUGGCGGGUGGCGUCUGAGGAAGGCAGCUAUGAAGUCCUCCAAAAUGCAGAAGAAGGCACGCCUGGUCAUAAGCUCAGGCACCCCGAGACUGGCUCAAGGGCCUGGGAAGAAAAAAUCCACCUCACCGACCAGCACAGAGAGCAGAGAGACCAUGUAGAGCUUUCUGGAAUGAGACAUAGACCGCUCCGUGCGGGACAGGAUGGGAGACACGGUGGGUUGAGGAGAAACUCACUUUUCGUAAGGACACGGAAGAAGAAAAGGGAACAGAAGUUUCCUCACCAUGCUCCUCUCUCUCCCAGAGGCUUCAGAGGAAGUGCCGGCACAGCAGACAGGACACUGAUUCCUUCCCCAUUGGCUCACACGUUCAACAGAACCUCUCCUCUCACAGACCUCAAUCAGACACUGCCCGUGACUCUUGACCUGAGAAUUACACAUCCACUUCUUGACAACGGUCAGCAAGCACCACGCGACACCAGUCCGAUGAGCUCUCCCCCAGAUCUUUCCUCAGCGGUGCCCCCAGAGGGACAGACUCAACCAUCCCCGACUCAAGAUCAACCAGUCACAGACCCUAGUCACAGAGCUUCUUCAAAAUUGACGCCCAACAGUGAGUUCUUUCCUACUCACUUUGAUCGAAGACUGUCUGCCUUGGAACCUGAAGUCAGGCUGGCAACCUUCUCUCCAAAUGUCAGUGGGUCAUCCCUCUUUUCAGGCAUCCGUAAGACCAUCCUUUCCCCAGACUUCGAUGAAACCACCCUCUCCCAAGGCCUUGAUGAGACCACUUUUUCCCCAGACCUUGGUGAGACCACUUUUCCCCCAGACCUCAGUGAGACCACCCUUCCCUCAGACCUCAAUGAGACCACCCUUUCCUCAGACUUCAGUGAGACUACCCUUUCCUCAGACCUCAGUGAGACCACCCUUCCCUCAGACCUCAGUGAGACCACAUUUUCCUCAGACCUUGAUGAGACCACCCUCUCCUCAGACCUCGAUGAGCCCACUUUUUCCUCAGACUUCAGUGAGACCACUCUCUCCCCAGAACUUACCCUGGAAAAAUUUUCCUCACACUUCAGAGAGGUAACCCUUUCCCCAGAUCUCACCCGGGACACCAUUUCCUCAGACCUCAGUGAGGUAACCCUUUCCCCAGACCUCUUCUGGGAGAAGACUUCCUUCAAUCUCGAUGAGGAGAUACUUCCUCAAGACCUCGAUGAGUUGAUCUUCCCCCCAGUCUUUGACUGGAACACCCCUUCCUCAGACUUCAGUGAGGCAACACAUCCGCCUGAAAUCAGCCCUGUCUGGUCUCCUACACACCCAGGAGUGACAUCUGGCGUGUCCCAGUCCCCACCUCUUCCAGAACGUGGUCGGAUGUUCCCUUCUCCUGACCGUGACCAGAGGCCACCUCCAGGGUCGAGUGACCCGGGGCUGAGAGACUUGAACCCAUCGGUGAUCGUGGGCCUCAGGAAAGAUGACGGAGAUUACAUCGAGUACAUUCCCAGGAGGAAGGUGGUGACCAGUGAAGAGGAAGUUGUGGAAAUGGACUAUGUGACCUACGAUGACCCUUACCAAACUGACAUUCGGACCGACAUUAAUUCCUCCAGGAACCCGGAACACAUUGCCGCCUUUUACCUCCGUAGCAACAACUCCGGAAACAGGAAGUACUAUUACAUUGCGGCUGAAGAGAUCAUCUGGGAUUAUGCAAAAUUCGCACACAGUAAAAUGGAGAACGAGGACACAGCGGACAGGCUGAAGGACACGGUGUACAAGAAAGUGGUCUUCAAGAAAUACCUGGAUCACUCGUUUACCAAGCGGGACCCCCGGGGCGAGUAUGAGGAGCACCUUGGCAUUCUCGGUCCCGUCAUCAGGGCUGAAGUGGGUGACGUGAUCCAGGUGCACUUUAAAAACCUGGCCUCCAGACCCUUCUCUCUGCAUGUCCACGGGCUCUCCUACGAAAAGUCGUCCGAGGGCAAGACGUACGAAGACGACUCCCCGGAGUGGUUCCAGGAGGACGACGCCGUGCCACCCAACAGCAGCUACACGUACGUGUGGCACGCCACCGACCGCUCGGGCCCCGAGACGCCGGGCUCCGCCUGCCGCGCCUGGGCCUAUUACUCGGCCGUGAACCCGGAGAAGGAUGUCCACUCUGGCCUCAUCGGGCCCCUGCUCAUCUGCCGCCGCGGGACCCUGCACAGGGAGAGUGGCCUGCCCCUGGACAGGCGCGAGUUCGUGCUGCUCUUCAUGGUCUUCGAUGAGAGGAAGAGCUGGUACCACGAGGAGGAGCAGCCGCAAAGGCCCUGGGGCCUCCCGCCCGCCGAAGAGAGCCCCACGCAGGAGUUUCACACCAUCAACGGGCUGGUGUACAGGGUGCCCGGCCUGCGGAUGUACGAGCAGGAGUGGGUGCGGCUGCAGCUGCUGAACGCGGGCAGCUCCCGUGACAUCCACGUGGUGCAUUUCCACGGCCAGACCCUGCUGGAGAACGGGACCCGCCAGCAUCAGCUGGGCAACUGGCCCCUGCUGCCCGGCUCCUUUAAAACUCUUGAAAUGAAGGCAUCGAAGCCCGGCUGGUGGCUUCUUGACACGCAGGUCGGAGAGACCCAGAAGGCCGGCAUGCAGACUCCUUUCCUCAUCAUGGACAGAGACUGCAGGAUGCCAAUGGGACUCAGCACCGGCAUCAUAAAUGAUUUAGAGGUCACGGCUUCGCAGUACCAGAAUUACUGGGAGCCGAAGCUAGCAAGACUGAACAAUGGCGGAUCGUAUAACGCAUGGAUAGCAGAGAAGCUUUCGUCAGAAUUUAGCUGGCACACUUGGAUCCAGGUGGACAUGCAGCGGGAGGUCUUGAUCACGGGGGUCCAGACGCAAGGCGCAAAGCACUACCUGAAGCCGUACUACACCACCGAGUUCCAGCUGGCGUACAGCACCGACCGCUCCAACUGGAGGAUCUUCAAAGGCAGCAGCUCGAAGAACGUGAUGACCUUUCCUGGCAACUCGGAUGCCUCGACCAUCAAAGAGAACCGCCUGGACCCCCCUGUUGUGGCGCGAUACGUGCGGAUCUCCCCGACCCGCUUCCACGGCAGGCCGGCCCUGCGCCUGGAGCUGCUGGGCUGUGAGGUGAACGGCUGCUCCACCCCCCUGGGGAUGGAGACCGGGGCCAUCAAGGACCAGCAGGUCACAGCCUCCUCCUUCAAGAAGUCCUGGUGGGGCGACUACUGGCUGCCCGCCCGCGCCCGCCUCAACGCGCAGGGCCGCGUGAACGCCUGGCAGGCCAAGAACAACAAUUACAAGCAGUGGCUGCAGAUCGACCUGCUUAAAGUCAAGAAGAUCACGGCCAUCGUCACUCAGGGCUGCUCUUCGCUGUCCUCAGAAAUGUAUGUCAAGAGCUACAGCAUCCAGUACAGCGACCAGGGAGUGGAGUGGAAGCCGUACCGGCAGAAGUCCUCCAUCGUGGACAAGGUUUUCGAAGGAAACAGCAAUAGCAAAGGCCACGUGAGGCACUUUUUCAACCCGCCCAUCAUCUCCAGGUUUAUCCGGGUCAUCCCCAAGACCUGGAAUCAGAGCAUCGCGCUCCGCCUGGAAGUUUUCGGCUGCGACGUUGACUAGAAUAGAAUCCCCCAGGAGGGGAGUGGGCGAUGCCUUUUAUAGCUUCUUUUCAGCAAUGAUCACAUCCCUCCCCCAGCCCCCCCCCCACCACCCUGCACCCCGUCCCCUUAUUCCAAACUUGCAAAUACGAGUUUAUGUACAGACCUUUUCCGUGGGACCCUGGCACCUGAGGGGACCCGGUGACUCACAGUUCCGUCUGCAUUAAACGGAAGACAGGUCAAACGGAUCAAGAAGAACCCACGAGAAGAUGAUUCCUCUCCUGCCAUGAUUAAAAGCAUGUUCUAACCA